ACUGUGAUGACACUGAAACGUUCUCGCUGGUCAUUCCCUGUGGUACAGACCAUCCUACCUUAAAUUCGACUCGGAUACUGCGACCAGCUAGCCUUCUUCGCUCAGAGGUUGGCAAUGGCGUUCAUGGAGAAGCCCCCUGCGGGAAAGGUCCUGCUGGACGACACGGUGCCUCUGACCGCAGUGAUCGAGGCGAGCCAGAGCCUGCAGUCCCACACGGAAUACAUUAUCCGUGUUCAGAGAGGUGUAUCUACAGAGAGCAGCUGGCAGGUGUUAAGAAGAUACAGUGACUUUGAUAUGCUGAACAGUAAUUUACAGAUCUCAGGGCUCAGUUUGCCUCUCCCACCCAAGAAGUUAAUUGGGAAUAUGGACCGCGAGUUCAUUGCUGAGAGACAGAAGGGACUUCAGAACUACCUGAACUUCAUCACCACCCACCACAUCCUGUCAGGCUGCGAGCUGGUUAAAAAGUUCCUGGACACCAACAGCUAUUCAGCAAACUACACAGAAAUAGCCUUGCAGCAAGUGUCUAUGUUCUUCAGGUCUGACCCUAAAUGGGAGGUAGUAGAACCUUUAAAGGAAAUAGGCUGGAGGAUACGGAAGAGAUAUUUUUUAAUCAAAAGUAAAAAUCAACCUAAAGAGCGGCAAGUCUUAAGUUGGGCUGACCUGGGACCUGAUAAGUUCCUGUCAGAUAAAGACUUGCAGUCUGCAAUGAAGCUGCUCCCCACUUUAUCUCAUCCCUACAUUUACCCAGUCACCUUUGCUUCAGCCAGCGAGUCCUCAGCCCUCGUGAUUAGAGUGUUCAAUGAGAAGGGAACACUAAGGGAUCACAUCUGUAAGGCCAAGCCGAAAGACCCUUUCUUGAAGAAGUACUGCAAUCCCAAGAAGAUCCAGGGCCUAGACCUUCAGGAGAUUAAGACGUUUGGACGGCAAAUUCUAGAGGUUCUAAAGUUCCUUCAGGACAAAGGGAUCCCAUAUGGUCACCUGCACCCCUCCAAUGUGUUGCUGGACGGGGACAGCUGCAAGCUGCUGGACCUGGAGAACUCCCUGCUGGGACUGCCUUCCUACUACCGGGCCUACUUCACACACUUCAGGAAGAUCAGUACAACUGAGAGUAUCGAUGUGUACUCUUUUGGACACUUACUGUAUGAAAUGACCUACGGGAGACCUCCAGAUGCUGUCCCAGUGGACUAUUUCCCUCCUGCUCCCUCCGCUUCUAUCACAUCUGUCCUCCAGUCCAUCCUCUCCACUGAAGCCUGCAGAACUGGAAUGCCCACAGUGACUCAGCUCUUACAGACUCCGUUGUUCAGCGAUGUUUUGCUGCUCAGUUCAGAGAAGCCUCAACUCAAGAUCUCAACCAAGUUAAAGGAGGCCCUGAAAACCGCCAACGACUGCGUGGAAAAGAGACUACUGGAAGAACAGAAAAUGAUUCACCAACAUAAGCGACUAACCAGGGCACAGUCUCACCAUGGAUCAGAGGAAGAAAAAAAGAAAAGAAAGAUUUUGGCAAGAAAGAAAUCCAGGCAGUCAGCUUAUGAGAAUGAUGAAGAUCUGUCGGCGAAAUAUAACAACUCCAAUAAUUCUGGUUCAGGGGCGAGCUCCCCUCUCACAUCUCCAUCCUCCCCCACUGCAGUGAUGUAUGGGAUUGGCAUUGGGGUCAGAACUAACUGCUUCUUCUCUGAUUCACCCAGGAGUGCCCCCCCCCCCCUCCUCCUCCUCCUCCUCCUCCUACUGCUACCCCCACCCCCUCCCUCAGCAGCGCCCCUGCUGGGGAUGUAGUCAGUCGAGGUGCCCUCCUCAGCUCCAUUCAGAACUUCACCAAGUGCAGCUUGAAGAAGACUGAGAUCCGGGACCGCAGCGCCCCCCAGUUCAGAUGAGCAGGGGGCUGGAGGCUGGAGGUUUCCAUCUCAUGCAAGGGUGCAUGGUGCUGCAGUUUAUUUUCACUGGACUUGUUUUGUACUGUACAGAGAGCUGCAGUAACAGCUGGAUAUUAAUCAAAUGUGUUUUGCAACAAAUAUAAAUGUUCACAAAAAAAUGAUUCUGGUUUUAUAACUUCAAUAGGCAAGUGUCAUGUGGAUUUUAGGGCCACCUAGUGGAGAAACAACAUCUGGUUGUAAUGUUUGACCUUUAAUUAUUGAGCAUAAUAUUUCUGGAUUUACUUUUAUCUGCAGUAAUUUUUAAAUGUUAAUCAGUUGAAGACAGUACUCUCUAGCAACAAUAUAACACUAAGUAUGCACACUCAACAAAACUUUCUCCUAGACUAUUUCCCCCAAAUAAGUACUAUGUAGAUUAUGGCUAAAGUCACUCCUCUUAAGGUGACAUUGUGUUGAACAAUUCCAUUUUUUUUUUACUUAGGGAGGCAGGUUUCUGUGGGAAACACUGGAGACAUGCGAGUCCAGGGAUCUCCCCUGAAAUUGCACUUGGCAGUCACAGUGGUGUAUUGAAGGUGCCUCUUGAACUUGCAUUCAAUAUCAGUGUUGCUGUUAAACUGCUUUAACUGAGGUUUGAACCUGAAAGCAAGUCACAAGAAAGACAGUUUUAUGGGCUAAAUUUAAUGAAGCAAUUUUAAACCAGUGUCCAAAACAUACUGCAGCUUCAGCGCAGAAUCAGUGGAUGAAUGUAGCCGUUUCCAGGUUUAACCUGUACCUUCGUUUCAAAAACUAAGAUUAAAUAACAGAUUUUAUUGAUAAAGUACACACAAUCACAUUUUAACAUUAUAAAGCAUGGUUUUGGAGUAUUGUGUUUUUUUUAUUAAUUUUUUUAUUAAGACUGAACAAAAUAUUGGUUUUAAUAAAUGAAAUAAACGAACAAGCAAAUGACAGUUGGAUGCUCGUGCAUGCCAGUGUGAUGCUGUUGGAACAGUAUUCUUCAUGUCCGGAGCAGUAGACCAGGACUAGCGUUCCACCUGAUUGACUAGGAGUUUGGAUUUGGUCCCUGUCAUCUUUUCUCAGCUCUCAGAUAGUCUUUGUCUCCACAGCAUCACUGUAAACACAUUAGAGCUUAUCUACAGUAUUUAGCAGUCCAUUUGAUGUUCAUACAGCCAUGGUCAAAAGUUUUGCAUCACCGUAUAGAAUUAACACUUUUGGUUCUUAAAGUGGAAUGAACCCUGCUGAAUAAUGUUAUGUUAACAUGUUGAAUUACACAGCGCUUUGUAGUUUGAACCAUUCAAGGAGGGUUUAAUUGAAACCAAUAGACUGGGCUGACUGUGAUUCCACCAGUCCUUGCAGUGUUCUGAAACCUGAAGCUGCAGAGCCCCAGUCACGUUCACUUUUAUAUAAAAAUAUAAGUGUGUCAAUGUCUGCUCUUUCAACAAACUAAACUGUAGUCUGAUGUAAAACCAUAGACACACAUUUCUUCCCCUUUGAAACCUUCAUGCCGCUGUGUCACUACUUGCUGCAGGAAAAGACCAUGAUAUAUUUCCGUAAACUGGGCCACUUUUGCACAAGAGUGCCCUAAAGGUCCCGCAAAAUAUACUGUGCCUCCCCAGGCAUACUGUACCCCCAUCCCAGUCUGACGGUGUCCUUUGAGUGGAAUCUCAUUGAAGAGUUACUGCAAUACUUCUGCGUUAAGCAUGCUGGUAAAUGUGUUGCAUUAUUUUCCUUUCAUUACACUUACAGAUUACUGGUGAGAAUUAACUUCUAAACAUGAUGUAAUGUGUGUAAUAUAUUCUUGUGACUUAAGCAUUGUUUUUUUUACAAGAACAUGUAUCUUCAGAUGGAAGUGUCUGUGCCCAUGCAGAGGUUAUCAUUGUGUUCUAUGUAUAUAUGUACACAUUUUCAUGUAAUCUGUGAGAAUAUUUUUAUUAAAAUAAUUAAUUAAUC